AUCCCAAUUCAAUCCAAUCCGGAGGACUAACUGGACAAAUGUACACUGACUGCACUUCGGAUUCGGAUUGGCGACAUUUUUCAUAGCCGACCGCCCGCCUUAAUUGUCGCGCAUCGAUGGCCGUAAUGGUUUUAUAAUGAGCGAGAGAGAUCGGAAUCGCUGCGCACUCGGCUGUUGUUGUUGCUUUUGUGUGCUGGCGACCAGCUGGAGGAGUUCCCCCACCCCUCCUCUUAGGUUAUCGCUUGGGCGAGCGGCCACAAACGCCGCGUCAGCUUCUUAUCAGCAAACAACACGCACACACAGUCGCACAAUCAGCAGCGCAGGCUACACGCACACACACUCGAAUACGUAUGUGCCACCGCCCCCACAACCCCUCGCUUCACCCGUCCAACUGAACUGGGCUUGGGCAAGCGAUUUGUACAUUAGUUUAGUUGCUUACUCUGUGAUUGGGAUGAAGAAGUUUCUAUCGCGGAGAAUGCUUAGCCUGGAUCAAUCCAUGUUGAACGACGAUGACGAGGAAGAGUGCGACACAUAUGCCAGCGGAGCAGGGGGCGGCCGUCAGAGCUUGAUGGCUCAGCCAGAGCAGCAGCACCAGCCAGUGACACAAGCACCACCAAAACCUCUGGCGCCCUUUGCCCUGUUCUUUCGCGACACUGUAACGGCCAUCAAGCAGCAGAAUCCCGCCUGUUCGCUGGAGCAGAUGCAGGUUAUUGUGCAGACAAUGUGGGAGUCCCUGGACGAGACGCAGAAGAAUGUAUACAGCCAGCGCCACGAGCAGGAGAAACGCGACUACGUGCGUCUAAUGCGAGACUAUCGACACCAGCUGUCCGAGUCGGAGGCCACGUCGGAAGUGGAGGUUCCACAAGCUCAGCCACAAAUGACAGCCGCGGUGCCGCAACCUUUAAUCCCACAUAAAGUUGAUAUUUGUGAGGAACCAGAUCAGCCGCCAGCCGCUCAACAGCCGGCUCCCGAGCACAUUCAACUGCUCACCGAGGCAGCCAGAGUGCAAAAAUGCACCCGUGAACAGUGCAAUAAACCGGCCAUCAUCAACCCGGACUGGGAAGACGAGUACUGCAGCAACGAGUGCGUGGUGAUCCACUGCCGGAAUGUCUUUAACGACUGGGUAAUCUCCAUGAAGUCCUAGCCCUCGUAGCCUCACCGCCAACCCUGUAGGCUUAGUCUAGAUUUUAGCUGAAAUGCCCCAGCAAUUGCCGUUCCGUAUAUUGCUCGGGAAUAUACGUCUGAGAGGCAAUGUGCUAUGCAAUAGUCCAAGUCUCAAUUUUAAUUCGUAAGAGGAGUCUGAAUGAAUGGCAAGACACGCUUUGUAUAAUACUUUAAUUUUAGUAAAUAAUAAUAUUAGCCAUAAAUAAUAUAUACCGGAAAACCAAAUAACUAUUUAGAAAGUAUUCGGUAUGAGGCCCAAUUAUUGUCUAUUUUCCCAAAACCCUUUUCAUGGAGGGUAGCAUCUAAAUAUAAAUAAUUGCAUUUAAUAAAUGAUUUUAUUUAUCGAA